AUGAAUGUCAUCAUUGAUUUAACUUUGUCUUUGCAGAUUUCAGUUUAUCUUGUUAAUUGUGAGAUUUCUUUAAUCUUCCACACAGAUCCCCCAAAGGCACACGUGACCCAUCAUCCUGGACCUAAAGGUGAUGUCACCCUGAGGUGCUGGGCCAUGGGCUUCUAUCCUGCUGCCAUCAGCCUGACCUGGCAGAGGGAGGAGGAAGAACAGACUCAGGACAUAGAGCUGGUGGAGACCAGACCUUCUGGGGAUGGAACCUUCCAGAAGUGGGCAUCUCUGGUGGUGCCUUCUGGAGAGGAGCACAAAUACACAUGCCGUGUGCACCAUGAGGGGCUGCCUGAGCCCCUCACCCUCAGAUGGGAGCCUCCUCAGUCCACGGUCCCCAUCAUGGCAGUCAUUGCUGGUCUGGUUCUCCUUGGAGCUGUGAUCAUCAUUGUCACUGUGGUGGCUGUUGUGAUGAAGAGGAGGAGAAACCCAGGAGGAAGAGGAGGAGACUAUGCUCCGGCUCUCGGCAGGGACAGUUCCCAGAGCUCCGAUGUGUCUCUCCCAGACUGUAAAGCGUGAAGACAGCUGCCUGGUGUGGAUGGAGUGACAGACGAUGUGUCCAGGUCUCACCUGUGACGUCCAGAGCCCCUCAGUUCACUCUCAGCAAUAGUGUCUGAUGUUCCCUGCAAUCCUAUGUGCUCAAUGUGAAGAACUGGGGAGCCCAGCCCACCCCUGCACACCAGGACCCUGUUCCUGCACUGCCCUGUUCCCUUCCACAGCCAACCUUCCUGUUCCUGCAGACAGGAGGGGACAUCUCCAUCCUGUCACCUCCAUGACUUCCACUGAAAAUAAGAAUCUAAACGUGAGCUUGUUAAUGUCCUUGAUCUGACAGGUUGAUUGGCAGCUAAAUUAAAUAAUUGAGAUAGAGUUUGUGGAGGAAAUAAAUGGCAGCGUGGAGAACCUCCCAGAA